UGGGUGUGGUGUCACUGUCAAAGCUGUGACCGCGUUAUUGUUAACCGGCCACCGAAAAACAAGGGCACACAACGCCGAUUAUCCAGCAGAAUGAGACGUCACAGUCUCCUCCUCUUCCUGUCGUCCUGUCUUCUGUGUGUCUGCUGUCAGCAUCAGAGACAGCCCCCCGUUGUCGAGAGUGCAGCUCACUUAUCGGUGCAUGGUCACGGCCGCCUCGACAAAAAUAUGGUCCAGGAUAAAGACCACAUUCUGGAGCAUCUGGAGGGUGUGAUUGACAAACCAGAGAAAGACAUGUCACCUCAGGAGCUUCAGCUUCACUAUUUUAAGAUGCACGAUUAUGAUGGCAACAACCUUUUAGACGGGCUGGAGUUGGCUACAGCGAUCACCCACGUCCACAGAGAGGAGAGAGGCGAGGACAGCCAGCCAAUACAAGAAGACGAUCUAAUCAAGCUCAUCGACGACGUUCUGAGGGAUGAUGACAAGAACAAUGACGGUUACAUAGACUACGCUGAGUUUGCCAAAUCACUGGAAUGACACAUCACCACGUUUAAUACUGGUGUCACUUCUUUGUCAAGCUGUUUACCCCCCCCCCCCCGGUAAAAGCACCAUUCUCUCCUGCAAGGACCAGUCUUGUCGGUAGCAAAUGAAGUUUUCUCUCCCAUCUGAAGCAGCAAAUUUGCCAAUUUAAAACAGCCAAAUGGGAAACGUAUCCCUUCUGCACUUUCCAUUCUUGCAGUUUCCUACAAUUAGUGCCUUUGUAAAGGCUGCUUCACCCAAAUCAAAUGCUCCCCUUUCCCCCCCCCCAGUCCCUUUGGAGUGUCUGGCCAAGGUUGCAUACCUUGAUUUGGGCAGUGUAAAGAUAGACCACCACUGAAGGGAUUAUUACACAAACCAAAAAGAGUGCUGUUUAAUACCAGUGCAUACAACAUGUUAGGGGGAAACUUUACGUUUCUUCCGGAAACUUGUAUCUUGAUGAUGAUUGUCAAAGUACAAAUGUACACAUAGGAGGCAAUGGCUGACAUACUCGCUGUGUUCACGCGUCCGACGGGAUACGUGACCGGAAGGUGUCAUCGCAGAGUGAAUGUAUCGCAGUGCCUGUGCAUUGCUGCCUCUUAUCACUGGAUGAGAUUGACUUGCUGCUGUUUGUUUGUAAAAAAAAAAAAAAAAAAAACGUGAAGCUCAAAUCACACACAUGCACAACUUGACAUAUUAGCUGCCUCAAGAUGAAAACAUCUUUGAAACUGUCAAAUCCAUCUGUGAUUUUUGAUAAUGUACAGUUUAUGAAUUCCAUAAAUAUAUAUUUUCCCAUCUUG